AUGGCUCAAAAUCAUUUCCAAUGGGGAGGUGAAUGUGCUACUGUAGAAAAACCAACUCUGAAAGGCGGAACGUACGAAGUUAAUGGUAUAAAUCGCGUCAAUGCUAAAAUGGAUGCGCUUACUCAAAAGAUCGAAAGCUUGGCCAUAACACCAUCAACUACAGUAGAUGCCAUAACACCAAACUGUGAAUUAUGUGGAACCCCUAGGCACACUAAUGUUGAUUGUCAGUUAUUGGCUGGUGUUCCCACCGACCAAAUAAACUAUGCUCAAGGAAACCCAUAUUCAAACACUUACAAUCCUGGUUGGAGAAACCAUAUAAAAGUAACAAUUUUUUGUUUCCACCAAACCCAACACCUGUUAUUCCACUUGGCUAUCAAAAAGUAG